AAAAAAGUACUGAUAGUUUAGAAAAUAUGAGCUAUGAAAGUCAUGAAUUUGACAAUAAACCUACAGAACUUUGUGAAAUUAGGUCAGAGUCUGAAGAAUUUGAGAACCUUAUUAUAGAUGAAGACUUGGAUAAUGAGUUGUUAGAUUCUAAUUUCUUAAAAGAAAAGUUUGAAAUAUCAGCGAAUAAGAUUGAUAUAGAGAAAAAUAAUAAUUAUGAGUUACCUUCUAAAAUUAAGGACAUCAUUCAUCUAGACAUAAAUCCUGUUGCUAAAUGGGAUCUAAAAUUACUUUUUAAUGAGUUACAAUUACUUUAA